AUGGACCCACCGGAGCUUGUCGCAAUUUGCUGCGACGAGAAGACGAUGUGUUCUCGUCGGCACUGCGACACCAGCGGCCGUGGUCACCCGGAAGAUCCCACCCGGCUGAAAGCCAUCAUCGAUCUGCUGCGGCAUGGGAGGAUCAAUCUGGAAUCCUACGGUGAGCGUUUCCUCGCCGACUUCACGCGAACGUAUGCGUGCCGGCCGGCUACGCUCGAGAUGCUCCUCUAUUGCCACACUGAGAGCCAUGUGAGGCGUUUGAUGGGAUUCUGUCACGAUGUGGAGGAGCUCAAUGCGGGAUGUGCAGCUGACGACGUCUGCUGCCACAGCGACUCCGACUAUUGUACUUCGUACCCCGUCGACGAGGACACGUACGUUACCAAAGAAUCCGAACGUGUCGCCCGUUUAGCCGUGGGCGGGAUGACACAUCUAGCUGACGUAAUCAUGGGCAAAGCGGAUAUGUAUUCAGAUAUGCAACCUGAGGACGCUUUUGACACUGCCGCAGACCAGCAAAGAGACCGGACCAGGGUUAAACGGGAAUCAGAGCCUGACAUCGACUCCAAUGAUCUGUCGUCGCAGUUGAAAGCUGCAGAAGGGGCGGAAAAUCUCCUGAAUAGUGGUGACACGGCAAAAGCUGCCAGUCAACAACACGAUUUGAGAAAAGAUCGCAACGUUGCUGUGGAGCAUGGUACAACUGUUGGAGCUGGCAUGGAGCGAAGUGACAGUAGUGGUAAAUCGCCGGCAGAAGAGCUCAACAAUUCCGAGUUUAUUGGCGAUGUGGCCGUGCAAUUGAGCGCUCUAAGUGUUUCGGAUGCGCAAGCCAACGUACCGCGCCGCAGUGGUGUCCGCAAGGGGUUCUCGCUGACACGGCCGCCCGGCCAUCACGCGACCCGAGAUAAAAUGAUGGGAUUCUGCUUGUACAACAACGUAGCCAUAACCGCGGUCCACUUACUGCGUAACCACGGGCUGAAGCGUAUUGCGAUAGUGGACAUCGACGUGCACCAUGGUAACGGCACGCAGGAGAUUUUCUACGAUAACGCGAACGUGUGCGUGAUAUCGAUUCAUCGAUACGGCACGCACAAUAACGCCUUCUAUCCGUACAGUGGUAAUUAUGAUGAAAUUGGUGGGAAAGGUGCCUUGGGAAGCAACGUCAACAUCCCGUUAACUGCAGGCUACGGCACCCAUGACAUGGUCUAUGCCUUUCAGGAAGUGGUGCUGCCGAAGUUGGAGCGCUUUAAACCGGAAUUCAUUCUUGUGUCAUGCGGCUUCGAUGCGGCGAUCCACGACUUCCUCGGCGGCUGCGGAGUGACCCCGGAAUGCUACGGGUGGAUGGCGCUGGAGCUCAGCAAGGUUGCUGAACGCCAUAGCAAGGGACGCCUGCUGCUAGCGUUCGAGGGCGGGUACAACCCCGCCAUAAAUGCAAGCUGCUCCGACGCCAUUUUUCGCACACUGAUUGAGUACGAGACCGACAGACGCGUCAAACGGGGGUGCGGCUACAACAGGUCCAAAGUAAGGAGGGGAACCAGGUUCGUUUGUAGCAAACUACGGGGGCUGUUAUUCAGCGGGGGCGAUUCUGUCGUGGAUACUUCGUCUUCGUUGAGCCGUUCAAGGACUCACAGCCCCCUCGCUCCCUCGGUGACGCCGUCGGCUCGUACUGCGCAGGUUGCGAGGCCGCCAGAUUUGAAGUGGACCGAGUAUCAUGGCCCGAUGACCAAGAACAGUUUCGUCAUUGCAGGCGGGCAUCCCAACCAGUUCCUGAUCCCUGUGAACGUGCCGAGUGGCGAUUUGUGCAAGAUUUGCAGUCCCAAUGAGGUGGCAUUCUACAGGUGGCUGUACAGAAUAAACGGCAUCGAUCUCGAGGUCAUCAGUCGCCCUUACCCGUACCUCAGGUUACCUUUCGCCAACGGAGUGGUGGAUGUCAGCAUUACGGGCUUCAGGCCAGUCACCGACUCUGCUGCAUCUCCAACCACCAAGCGCCUCAACAGGGCCAACGUGGUCCACUCACCAGAUCCCGUCGUAACUGAGGGCCUCAACUUGCUGAAACCUUUGAUCAGGUUCGUGGUGCAGUGCACUGGAGUGUACACCGAGAGUGUGUUCGCGGCGUGGCCUCUGCAGUACUCACACCGUGCCGCCGUGCGCCUACGCAAUGCCAUCCACGGCAUGCGUACCCCGUGCGUGAUGGACAUCAAAAUGGGGACUCGGCUGUAUGGCGACAACGUCACUGACUCAAAGCGCAUUGCCGAAAAGCAGUCGAAGGCGGAGAAGCGCUCUUGCAGCGUUCACGGCUUCCACAUCUCCGGCAUGUUCCACUGGUGCCGUGAGGCCAAGAAGCUCUUCUAUUUGCAGGGCAACGUGGCGAACACGCUGGAAACGCGCGCCAAGCUCUUGUAUGCCUUCAGGCUGUAUUUCGCCAGGUUCCAGGACACGCUGCUUUCGGUCCGGAUAUGCGAGAAGUUCCUUCAGAGGCUGGAGGAGCUGCGCAUGCUUUUCGAGAAGCAGAACCAGCUGGCGUUCUAUGGCAGCAGCUUGUUGUUCGUGUACGACUCUGGCACAGUGUCCACUGGCGCAGCCACCGAGUUGGCGAAUGUGCACAUGAUCGACCUCUCACAUGUUUCGUACAACACCGGAUGUAUUGACGAAGGCUACCUCCUGGGGCUGCGCACGCUGAUAGAGCUGCUCCGCGAAACACGGAAAUCCCUGGCAGUCUGA